GGCGGGGCGGGCCGGGGCGCGGCUAAGAAGGCGGACCCGAACGCUUUGUCGUCCGGGGCGCGAGUCCUUGAGCACGUAGGGGAGGAGUGGUCAUUUUGAUGGUGAGAAAGAGAAACAAGAGGCAGGCCACUGAUGUCCCAAGACUUAUGACACCCGGGAGUGCUGGCGCAUUGCUGUGACUCCAGCACUUUACUCGCACGCCAGGCAGGAAGAUCACGAAUUGGAUGCCAGCCUUGGUUACCUAAAGAGAGAGGGAGAGACCCUGCCUCAAACGAAUAAUGAGUGAUGGGAAGAGAUGUCAUUCACUUAGGAAAUAGUCAUUGUGGCAAGAAGCCUGUCAUUCUCGUGUUGAGCCUGAGGAGAUGGAAGCAAUGUUUGAGAUCCGGCACUGUAGAGAUUUCUUAGAAGAAAACUGCCUUCUCAGGAAAUCCUGCCAGAAACCAGUAGACAAAUAUAUUGAGUAUGAUCCUGUUAUUAUCUUGAUUAAUGCCAUUUUAUGCAAAGCUCAGGCCUAUAGGCAUAUUCUUUUCAACACUAAACUAAAUAUCCAUGGGAAACUCUGCAUGUUUUGUUUGCUUUGUGAAGCAUACCUGAGGUGGUGGCAGCUGCAGGACUCCAGCCAGAGCAUAGCCCCCGAUGACUUGAUCCGGUACGCCAAGGAGUGGGACUUCUACAGGAUGUUCGUGGUUGCUUCUUUCGAACAAGCUGCCUUUUUUACUGGCAUUUUUGCGUUCCUGUGGGUAGAGCAACCCAUGACCGCAAAGAGAGCACCCGACCUUGUCCUGCUGCUGAAGGCGCUGCUGCUGUCCAGCUAUGGGAAGCUCCUGCUGAUCCCAGCCGUCAUAUGGGAGCACGACUACACCCCGCUGUGCCUCAGGCUCAUUAAAGUCUUCGUCCUGACGUCCAACUUCCAGGCCAUCCGAGUGACCCUGAACACCAACCGCAGGCUGUCUCUGUUGGCCGUGCUGAGCGGCUUGUUGCUGGAGAGCAUCAUGGUCUACUUCUUCCAGAGAAUGGAGUGGGAUGUGGGCAGUGACUGUGCAGUCUACAAGUCUCAGGACUUCUGAAGCUUUAUUCUGCACUCUCUAUGGCGGGACUGUCUACCUCAAAAGAGAAGGCGCAGAGCGACCAAGGUUCCCGCUUUCUGUGAGUGAAGUCAGGGCUGCAAUUCCUGAGCAUACCCAGACACCCAAGGAAGAUCUGAACCAGCCAGACACAAGGCAAGGAGCACUACAAUCACACCCAGACAGGCACUGUGGUCCCAGGAAUGAAAGGGUUCACGUUGGCCUGUCUUAUGUCCUUUAAGUCUAAGUGUUACAUUGCUGGUUUUAAACCGUGUUUUGUGUUUUGCUGAGAGAAACACUUUUAAGUAGUCUUUCAGAAUAAAUCAAGUUUUUUAUACA